AUGGAAAACGAUUACGAAAACAUAUUUUUAGAAGAAGAAAAUUGUGCAGAUGCUUUGUCAGAUAUUCCUGACGAUUAUGACCAUAGUGACACUGGUGAUAGUGCCAGUGAAAGUGGAUUUGAUAAUAGUUUUUCUACAAGGCAUAGUCCGCGUGUCUAUAGCGAUUUUGAACACGAUGUUGAGUCCGACUGGAAUGAUGAUGACCCACCCCGAAAUAAUCUGUCAUUUGAAGGUAACCCAGGACUACCAUUUAAUCUAGAUAAAAAGAAUAUAGACGAUAUUGUGAGUCUGUUUUUUGAAGAUUAUUUAUUGCAAAUAAUUUCAUCUGAAACAAAUCGCUACUAUCAUCAGAACUCCAACGCUAGUAAAUUACCCAAGAAAACUAAAAAAUGGUAUGAUGUUACGGCUCCCGAAUUAAAAAUUUGGUUAGGUGUUAUUAUUAUAAUGGGACUAGAGAAGAAAAGUAAAUUGAGUGAUUAUUGGUCUACUAAUCAAUUCCAGCCGAUUAUCGAAGGGGCAGACAAUUAUUGA